UGGAAAUGACCAUUGUAGAUUGAUGCGCGCGUCUGUUGCCGCAUGCACUCCAGUUGCGUGUAGCUUCCUUUGAAUAACACUACUGUCAAAAUAUCGAUCUGCAAUGGAGGCCUUGAACCAAAUAUUAAUAGAGUAUCCGCCGCUUGUAGUCGGUGGCGUGGGAGCGACCGCGGUUGCAGCAGGAGGAGCGCUGAUCUACAGAAUUGCAACCAGGAAGAAACCGACUCAUCUUCAAGUGAAUUGUUGGUUCUGCAAUCAGGACACAGUUGUCCCCUAUGGGAACAGAAACUGCUGGGAUUGUCCAUAUUGUGAACAGUAUAAUGGCUUUCAGGAGAAUGGGGACUACAACAAACCCAUUCCUGCUCAGUACAUGGAGCAUCUGAAUCAUGGUGUUUCCGCCGGCGUCCCCGAGACCCCCAAGACCCUGCAGUGGGUCAACUGUCAGAUGCUUUUGUGCAAGAAGUGCAACAACAACCAGACGCUGAAGAUCAAGCAGCUGGCCUCGUUCAUCCCCAGGGAGGAUGAAAACUACGAUGAGGAGAUUGAAGUUUAUAAGCACCACCUCGAACAGACCUACAAGUUGUGCCGACCAUGCCAGACAGCAGUGGAGUACUACAUCAAACACCAGAACCGGCAGCUGCGGGCGCUGCUCUUCAACCACCAGCUCAGACGCACUCGGGACGCAGAUAAAGCCUUCAUUAAGAACACUUACUCUCUCUCCACCCCGGCCUGGUUGAUCUUGCUCAGGAUUCUUACGUUUCUCGCUUGUGCCUUUUUGGUAGCUGUGGCUUUGUCUGGAUAUGUAGACGAGAGCCCCUCUGUCACGCAGACCUUGAGCGGAGGAGUCGUUCCACCUAAGCGAGUCCUUCAGAAUGAGAAUGAAAGCAAGACUGAUGAGGGCAGCUUGAUGUGGGACGAUCUGAUGGGUCUCCUUCCGGAAAAAGCAGUGGAAAACGCUCGACUCUUCUGGCAGUCUGGAAGCGACCACCAAAUGGCCGUGGCCUCUGUUGGACUCCUUACUUGCAUCACAGGUGUCUUAAUGGCAGGACCUGUCAGGUUAAGGAGGAUUGAUGCUGUGGCUUCUGUGCUCUGGCUCCUGGUGAUCUGUUUCUACCUGGCCGAGUGUUACCUGAAGACAGACGUCCCAAGCUGGCUGGAAAUGGUCAAGUUUGGCAUCACUUCUGUGUGUUGUCUGGUGGGAUUCGCUGCCGCUGUGGCAACACGCAAAUCCACAAGUCAGAGAAGAGCCAGAGGUCGCAGGUAUCUGUCUGGUGGUUCUCCAGGAGAGUUCUUCUGUAAUCAUGGGCCGCUGCUGUCUGCACCUGUGUCUGAAUCCUCCACCUUUAUCCCGACGCCUCCACCCAACCUGUCCCAGCUGCUGAUUCGCCAGCAGAGCCAGCGAACCCGCAAAGCCUCCCCCUCCUCACUGCCUGGCCGGCUCAACAGAGCCCUCUCUUUGGGCACCAUCCCUUCACUUGCACGCACAGAUUCAGGUUUCCUGUUCAGCGGCAGCAGACCAUCUUCACAGUGUAAAGACUCGCCACCUUCAGUCACAUCAGCUGAUGUGACUUUCUGUUGUUUCUCAUUAGACUACUACUCUCUAAAAUCUGGAAGCAGACCCUCCUCUCCUGGACCGUCUCCGACCCCCUCGGUGGCAGGAUCUGUGACUUCCACCUCCAGCUCGGCCAGGCAACGCCGGCCGCUCAUCAGCCCAGCCAGGCUUAACAUCAGUGGGCAGAAGCUGCGGCUCUUUUCCUCUCCUCUAGAGCCCUUCAGUUUGGCCUCACCGCCUCCGUUUCUUUCAGAGCACAAUCCUAUGCACAGCAGAGGAUUCUUGCCUGAUGUUCCACACUUCCAUUUACAAAAUCAUGGUUCAGUGAUUGACGAGGGAAGUGUAUUUGAGCAUUUGGAGAAGCCAAUGGGAAGCUCUUCUUCAUCCUCAAACUGCCAUGUAGACACCACUACAGGAAAUAAUAUUGAAAGCAAGCCUGGAUGGAAGGGUUUUUUGGGCAUGACGCUUUGGCCUGGUCUGCUCUUUGCGAGCUUGACUAUUAACCUAACGUUCAUUUGCAUCUAUGUCUACUAUAAUUGGAGAUGAGGACAUAGAUCAGGCCACAGGAGUUCAAGCUCAAACUGCGAUGUACACGGGCCCUUGUCGCCUGGUUGCUCAGUGAAUUUGGGCCCUUAACAGGAAAAACAUGGAGCAUUUUCCUUUGGGUGAUAACUACAACUUUCUACAACAUUUUUGCUGCUCAACAAUCGCUAAGGAUUGUUUUCUGGCUCACGUAAAUGGGAAGAGUGUUUUCUCUUGAACUUGAGUUCUUUUAAGUAUCACUUGAGCUUUGAAAACAUGUUUUUUGGUGCAUGUUCAGUCAUUUAUUUGUGUUUUUAAACACUGGAUAUGUAUUGGAGCGAAUGAUUGUGCUGUUUAAGCUUAACAGAACGAUGUCUGUUGGGCAUGUGAAGCAUCUUUAUGAAAUAUUAAUUUGGCUUCUUUGCCAUAUUGCUGUACAAGCGUUUCUGUUUAUCCUACUACUUCAAAGAUAAUGUCAUGUCAUUAUCAGAAUGAUGCGAUAUUAAAAGGUGCAAUAUGUUUUGGGAUUAUGUAAUUUUGACAACAUUGUGACACUGAAAUAUUUGGUUUGGCAAAUCAUAUUGUCCAUUGAGCCUUUUUGACUCAUUAUUUUAAGGUAAACAGGAUAUUUUGUACAUAAGAUAAAGACAUUUCAGUUUCCAGAUUGAAAUAAAUCUUGUUACGUACUGG